GGGUGAUGCAUCAGUUGCUCGCCACUCACUUCCAGAAAACAUCACCCUCAACCCUCAAAAAACACCGCUGAUUUCGUUUGCCAUGUGAGCUGGAAGACGCCGCAGCUCGGACCUGCUCAUUUCUGAUCUUUUACCGGCGACAACUUUGGCUUUUCAAGUCUCCGCAGGAUCUGUGACCUGUCAUCACUUCUCCCGCCGAGCGCGUGUCUGCGGCGCAGCGGCGCUUCUGUCACUGUCUGUCUCGGAGAGCCCCCACUGCUGCUACCAAAAACUCGCCGGGACCAGAGGCUGGAAGAUUAGUGAGCGAUGGGGUCAUUUGUUACGCUACCGAUCCUGCUUCUCGCUCUGGGUUUCCUCCCCGACGCGAGGGCUCUCAACCCGGAUGACCCCAACGUCUGCAGCCACUGGGAGAGCUACGCAGUGACUGUGCAGGAAUCCUACGCACACCCUUUCGACCAGGUCUACUACACCAGGUGCACCGACAUCCUCAACUGGUUCAAAUGCACCAGGCACAGGAUCAGCUAUAAGACAGCUUACCGGCGGGGAGUGAGGACCAUGUAUAGGCGCCGCUCGCAGUGUUGCCCUGGUUACAUUGAGAGCGGAGACUUGUGUGUUCCGAUGUGUUCGGACGAGUGCGUCCACGGCCGCUGUGUGUCUCCAGACACGUGCCAGUGCGAGCCCGGGUGGGGCGGCCUGGACUGCUCAAGUGCCAACGGAACAGGCUGUGAGAGUGACUUCUGGGGCCCUCAUUGCAGUAACCGCUGCCAGUGCCAAAAUGGAGCAAAGUGCAACCCGAUCACAGGUGCCUGUGUCUGCACUGAUGGCUACCAGGGUUGGCGUUGCGAAGAACCCUGCGAGUUUGGCUUCUACGGCAAAGCUUGUCAGUUUCCCUGCCAGUGUCUCAACGGCGCCACCUGCAACCACGAGACAGGAGAGUGUAUCUGUGCGCCGGGCUACACCGGGGCUUUCUGUGGAGAGAGAUGCCCCUUCGGUAGCCAUGGCUCUCAGUGUGAGCAGCGUUGCCCCUGUCAGAAUGGAGGGACUUGCCACCACAUCACCGGAGAUUGUUCAUGCCCUGCCGGUUGGACGGGUUCUGUUUGCGCCCAACCGUGUCCCCUCGGCAAGUACGGCAUCAACUGCAGCAAGGACUGUUCUUGUCGGAACGGCGGGCUAUGUGACCACGUCACCGGCCAGUGCCAGUGUGCCGCGGGCUUCAGCGGGCGCAGGUGUCAGGAUGACUGUCCGGUGGGCACCUAUGGUCCUCAGUGCAACCAAAAAUGCGAGUGCCAGAACGGAGCCAAGUGUCACCACAUCAAUGGAGCCUGUCUGUGUGAGACUGGCUUUAAAGGACCUAAUUGUCAGGAGAGAUUCUGUCCUCCGGGCCUCUACGGCCUCAUCUGUGACAAGUACUGUCCCUGUAAUACCACCAACACUGUAAGCUGCCACCCACUUUCAGGCGAGUGCUCCUGCUCAGCGGGAUGGACAGGGCUGUUCUGUAAUGAGACCUGUCCGCCAGGCUACUUCGGGGAAGGAUGCAUGCUGACUUGCAGCUGUACCAACGGAGCAGACUGCCAUCCUGUCACUGGGUCCUGUAUCUGUGCCCCUGGGUUUAUGGGAGAAGACUGCGCGACUGAGUGUCCUCCCGGUCUGUACGGACCGAGCUGCAUGUCCACCUGCUCCUGCCACAACCAUGCAUCCUGCUCGCCCGCUGACGGCUCCUGCACCUGCAGGGAAGGCUGGCAGGGUGUGGACUGCUCCCUCCUUUGCUCAAGUGGAACUUGGGGUCUGAGCUGUAAUCAGUCCUGCCUCUGUGCCAAUGGAGCAGCUUGUGACCCGGUAGACGGCACGUGCACGUGUUCGCCCGGAUGGAGGGGCAGGCACUGUGAAGAGUCUUGUCCUGACGGCACCUAUGGGCUGGAGUGUCGCGAGCGCUGCGACUGCAGUCAUGCGAACGGCUGUGACCCAGUCAGUGGCUACUGCCGGUGCUACCCGGGUUGGACUGGAAUCCACUGUGAUAAUGUAUGCCAACAAGGCUUCUGGGGACCCAACUGUUCCGUCAGCUGCUCCUGUCAGAAUGGUGGCUCCUGUUCUCCAGAAGACGGAACAUGUGUGUGUGCACCUGGUUACAGAGGAACCUCUUGCAAAAGAAUCUGCUCUCCUGGGUUUUAUGGGCACCGCUGCAGCCAGUCGUGCCCACAGUGUGUGCACAGCACUGGGCCGUGUCACCACAUAACAGGCCACUGUGAGUGUCUGUCAGGCUACACCGGCUCGCUGUGCAACCAAGUGUGUUCAAGCGGCCGGUACGGCCGAGCCUGCGCUGAAAUCUGCCUCUGCACCAACAACGGUACCUGUAACCCGAUCGAUGGCUCGUGUCAGUGCUUCCCCGGUUGGAUUGGAGAGGACUGCUCUCAGGCCUGUCCCUCUGGGCACUGGGGUCCGGACUGUCUCAACUCCUGUAACUGCCACAACGGAGCUCAGUGCAGUGCCUACGAUGGGGAGUGCAGGUGCGGCCCUGGCUGGACUGGACUCUACUGCACGCAGCGUUGUCCUUCAGGCUUCUAUGGGAAGGACUGCGCUGAAGUCUGCCGCUGUCAGAACGGUGCCGACUGCGAUCACUCAACGGGACUUUGCGCUUGUCGGACUGGGUUCAUCGGGACGGGCUGCGAGCAGAAGUGUCCUCCUGGUACAUUUGGCUACGGCUGCCAGCAGCUGUGUGAGUGUCUCAACAACGCCACCUGCGACUAUGUGACCGGAACCUGCUACUGCAGCGCUGGAUAUAAAGGCAUCCGCUGUGAUCAAGCAGCUCUGAUGAUGGAAGAGCUUAACCCCUACACCAAAAUUAGCCCGGCACGGGGGUCGGAGCGACAGUCUGCGGGAGCCGUCAUGGGCAUCAUCUUCCUGCUGCUCAUCAUCAUGGCCAUGCUCAGUCUGUUCGUCUGGUACCGACAGAGGCAGCGGGACAAAGGGCAUGAGAUCCAGCCCAGUGUGUCUUACACACAAGCCAUGCACAUCAACAAUGCCGACUAUUCCCUCUCCGAGUGUGGCAGCACUGUUGCCAUGAAGACCAGCGCGGCAGAGGUCAAUCAAAGUCAGAACAGCAGCGGCCAGUGCUUCUCCAACCCCAGCUACCACACAGUGGCUCAGUGCAAUGUCGUGUCAACCAUCUCCAGCAACCUGGACGGCACCCUCACCCUCAAAUCGAGCACCCUGAAAAGCAGAAGCGGCUCGGAUUGGAGAGCCUACUGCAACCUGAACGACCUAGAUGUUCAACAGGGAGACACACAAGCACAGAGAGGCUCCCGAAAAGAUUACAUCAAGGGAACGUUAUGCACCAACAGCUCCUGCUCUCUGAAUAGCGAGAACCCCUACGCCACCAUCAGAGACCCUCCCGGGCUGACCUGUAAACACACAGAGAGCAGCUACGUGGAGAUGAAGUCCCCCUCUCACCGCGAGGUGCCCUUUGGAGGCACGGCCACCCUUCUGGGCAGCGCCACCAGGAAUGUCUAUGAAGUUGAACCAACGGUGAGUGUCCUGCAAGGACCCAAUGGAAUGGCUACUGGCUUCUCCCAGAACCCCUAUGACCUCCCCCGCAGCAGCCACAUUCCCAGUCACUAUGACAUACUGCCCAUGCGCCACAGCCCCACACACACAUCAGCACCACCACCACCACCCCCAGAGAGUCCCAGCUCCUUGCUCUGAAAGACACACUGUCCACCCUGUCCCGACAGUCCGCAGGGAGUCCGGCAACAUCCAGCCAAAUCACAACCAAAGGCUCUCCGUCUGUCUCCGUGUGUGGUAUGUACUGAAAUAUCGUGAUGGAUGGACGGUCACACCCCUAAUGGAGCCGGCUGCCUCUGGUUUCCUCACACUCUUGUGGAUGGAGGGGAAGAAAGAGUGUCCCACACACCAGCAAAUGUUCACCCUCUUCAUUUUCUGGUAUGACUGAUAGCGCUAAUGACGGCCGGGCUCUUUAUGGAACGUCUGAAGUGGAACAUAUUGGGUACGAAGAGAACUCUGGCUGACCUGCGUGGAGAGGAUUAUUUAAAAGAGAGAAGAGCAAUUCACUUGCUCAUUUUCACGAUAUAAGUUUACUACAAUAGAGCAGCCAUGUGAUUAUUAUGGUCCCCCAAACAGAGGGACAAUUUGUCCUCUGUGAAAACGAAUAUAUAUAUAUAUAUAUAUAUGUAUAUAUAUAUAUAUAUAUAUAUAUAUAUAUAUAUAUAUGAGGACAACAGUAUAAAUCAUGAUGAUCAUUCUAAAAUGGGAAAGCAUGGAAACAUAGUAAAAUAGUGUAAUGGUCCGUUAUUAUAUUAUAAUUAUCAUCAUUAUCAAUAAUGUGUACUAUUUUUGGUAAUAAUUACUAUAAAUGUGACACUGGUCUGCACUUGAGGGGCUUCAGGGGAUAUCAUAUGGUGUAGUGAGCUCAACAAAGUUUGUUUUGCGGCAGAGUAAAUAUAAAAGUAUCAUGUUUCUCUACUUCAUUCUGGUAAUUAUUUCAUCCAUUUAUUUAUGUAUUUGUUUAUUUAAUUAAAUUUCCUUGCAAAUGUGUUUUAUGUUCCGCCAUUUUCUACAAAUUUAUUAAGUGAUGGUGAUUUUUUUAUUUUGUUUUUUUUUUUUAUUCUUUUUGUCAGUGUGACACAAGAGCUUAAAAAAUAUGAGCAUGAUCAGGUUAUGGAAACCCACCGAUGUAGAUAACAUACAAUUUAUCUUCUUGUGAGAUGAUUAAUGUCAUUUUGUGAACUGUUUUAUUGAAAACUACUUUAAUUGUCUCUGUCACUCUGUAAAUUGAAAAUAAUAUUUUAUCACAACAGAUUCCAGACUUCGAUUAUCCUGCAGUUAUUGUAAAACACUCAUGUAACAACAACAAAAAAAAGAUUUUUAAAAAAAGAUAGUUUUUGUUUGUAUCCCUGUAUUGUUAUUUAUUAAAAUGAAUUUAUUAAGUCACAAUCUCAUCUUACCCUGUGUAGAAGCAAUAACAUAUUGACAAUCGAUGCCCAGAUAGUGUGUUGCUUUUGUGCAAUAUGACUCCAUCAUUGACCUUUGUGACUGGCUGUAACUGCUCACCCAGUUAUCGAUGCUGCUUGUUUCUUUUGGUUCAUUAAAGGUUUUUUUUUUUUCUGUCAUGAGAAGGCUCUUGCCAUCGGGUCAAUAAUAUCAUGGUGAGUCGGAGCAGCUGGACCAAUUAACAGUUCAUUCCCGUCUCCCUUUCACCUGCAGGCUCUGGUUCUUGAACUCUCAUCAGCACAUUCCACCGGACAAGUAAAAUAACUUGGUCUGGUCU